AUGGCGGAUUCAGGCGCCGCAGCGAACGAUCCUUCGCUGCUGACGGUCAUCCUGGAUACAAACCCGCAUGCUUGGGCACAGCUUCAAGAGACGCUCCCGCUCUCCUCUGCCGUGGCGAACCUGCUGGUCUUCAUCAACGCCCAUCUGGCAUGCAACUACGCAAACAAAGUGGCCGUUGUGGCCAGUCACAGUCAUCAGGCCGUCUGGCUGUACCCAACUCCCCCAGCCGCCGCUCCUGGUGAUGCCGCUGCCGACUCGCAAAAGAAACACCUCCGGCCGUCCAAUAACGACCGGGACGGAGAUACACCCAUGACCGACUACGGAGAACCCGUCGUCUCCCCGCAAGCACAGCAGCUGAAACAGCAGCCGAACAAGUACCGUCCUUUCCUCCUGGUUGAGCAGCAGUUGACCCGCAACCUCAAUCGGCUUCUCACGCGCACCCGAGCAGAAGAAAUAUCCCCUUCUUCUGCUUCUUCCUCCUCUUCUACCAUGAUGGCCGGCGCCCUCUCCCUUGCACUCAGCUAUAUCAACCGCGAAACCAUCGCUUACCUUGAUACACAUGGAACCGCGGCCGGCUCCGACCCAGCGGCAGGCGGAGCGGGCGGCCUCCCCCCACCCCCGGGCGGCGCCCCUCCCACAUCAGAUAAGGCUAAUGCUGCCGCUGCUACAGAUGCUGGUGCUCUCCAGUCUCGUAUCCUUAUCAUCUCCGUCAGUAGUGCUGCAAACUCAGCUCAGCAAUACAUACCCAUUAUGAACAGCAUCUUUGCCUGUCAGCGUCUCCACAUACCUAUCGACAUCUGCAAGCUAGCCGGUGAUGCUGUUUUCCUACAACAGGCCUGUGACGCUACUCGUGGCAUAUACAUGUCUUUAGACUCCCCGCGGGGGUUUUUACAAUAUCUCAUGCUCGCCUUUUUACCUGAUCAGCGAGCGAGGCGGAACCUGAUACUGCCUACUCGUGUCGACGUUGAUUUCCGCGCUGCUUGCUUCUGUCACCGGAAAGUCGUCGAUGUCGGGUUUGUGUGUAGUAUCUGUCUCAGUAUCUUCUGCGAACCACCUGAGGGUGCUAAUUGUCUGACUUGUGGCACCCAUUUGGCUCUGGGUGACUAUGGAGCCAAACCGAUCGUUGUUUCACGGAAGAAAAAGCGUAAGAAAGGUUCUGCAAAGACGCUCAAUGGAGCAGGCAACGGAGUCUCUUCCGGUCCAGCCACCCCGAGUUCAAUGGCAACCACCCCGGCUCCCUGA